AUGAUUCAACGAUUAGUCAGAUCAGUCGAAAGUUGUAAAUUAGAUUUACGUCGAUUUGGUGGAAAAUUUACAGCAAAUUCAAGUCAGCCAUAUUUUUUUGAACAUGAACGAGAAGAUGUGGUGAAACAUCGAAAAGAAUUUGUCAGAUACUUCAUUGAAAGAGAACAGCAUUCUUAUACAAUUACGAAUGACACAGUGCCACAAUGGAAAACACCAACAACGAAACCAACAAUUUUGCUUUGUCAUGAUGAAAGUACAUACAAAUGUGGAGAAAUUCCAGGCAAAAGAUGGAUUAUGUCUGAUAAUGCACCGUUUUACAACAAAGGCAGAGGAAGAAAAGCAUUGAAAAAAUAUCCACACUUAAAUUAUGACUGUGACACAAAUUAUGAAAAGAAUAGUGUUUCUGCUGCAAUCAAUGUCAGUGGUGAUAAUUAUUUUGACAAUCAAGAUAUUCUUAGUCAAUUUAAACGUCUAUUUCAAUUACUGGCAUUUAAAAAUGAAUAUAAAAAUCAUAAUUUCGUAUGCCUCCUCGACAAUGCCAGAACACAUACAGCAGCUAACACGCAUAUAAAUGAUUUUGGAAUGAGACCAGGGACUCGGUGUCCUGUUGAUAAGAUCGAUUAUAUUGAUGAGAAUAGUAAACAACAAACUAUGGAAUGCUAUAAUGAUGAUGGAUAUAGUAAAGAUUUACUGGCUUUGGCAUAUGAAUUAAAUGUCUUUGCCCCAAGAAAAUGCAAAGUCAAUGAAUUGAAAUAA